AUGGCGCUAGCCGCCGCGGCCGCGGCCGCCGCCGCCGGGGUGAGCCAGGCGGCUGUGCUGGGCUUCCUGCUGGAGCACGGCGGCAAGGUGCGCAACUCCGAUCUGCUGAGCCGCUUCAAGCCCCUGCUGGAUGCGGGCGACCCCCGUGGCCGCGCCGCCCGCAGGGACCGCUUCAAGCAAUUUGUCAACGACGUGGCUGUGGUGAAGGAGCUCGACGGCGUCAAGUUCGUGGUGCUGAAGAAGAAGCUGCGGCCCGGAGGGGCCCCGGAGCCCCUGCCCUCGUGCGUCCCCGGCACGCUCGGGGCACCAGCCCUGCCUUCGAAGAUCACUUCCGUCUCACAGGGGGAACCGGCUGACCCGGGGGCUCCAUCCCCGGCCGCGGCGCAGCAGGCGGUGGAACCACCUGAGGACCUGGCCCCGCUGUUAGAGCCACAGGACACGCCGGGGGCUCCGGCCUCAGAGCCCACUCAGCCGGCCGGGGAAGGGUUGUUAGGUCCGGCUCAGAAGUCAGGGGCGCCCUCAGACCCCCAGAUUCCAGGCUUUGAGCUGACCCUGCCCCCCAAGGAACUCCCUACAGACGUGGCCCCGCCGUCUAGGUCGCGGUCGGUGGAGGCCUUGCCCCACGCAGAGGCGCGGGCCCCGGAACCUGGGCGUGGGGCGACGAAAGAAGCGCCAGCACCCCGUCGGCACGCGCAGCCGCCGCCGAAGCCCUGCAUGCUGCCAGUGCGCUGCGUCCCGGGCCCCGCCGCGCUCCGGAUCCGGGCCGAGGAGCAGGGCCUGCGCCGGCAGCUGUCGGAAGAGCCGAGCCCGCGGAGCUCCCCGCUGCUGCUGCGGCGUCUGUCAGUGGAAGAGUCUGGCCUGGGCCUCAGCCUGGGCCCGGGCCGCUCCCCGCACCUGAGGCGCUUGUCGCGCGCAGGCCCGCGCCUCCUGAGUCCGGACGCGGACGAAGCUCCCGCUGCGCCGCCACCGUCUGCUGUGCCCCUGGAGCCGACCGAGCACGAGUGGCUAGUGCGGGCGUCUGGGGGCUGCUGGACCCACCAGCUGCACGGGCUGCUGCUGCGCGACAGCGGCCUGGCGGCCAAACGCGACUUCAUAUCUGGCUUCACGGCCCUGCAUUGGGCCGCCAAGAGCGGCGACCGCGAGAUGGCGCUGCAGCUGGUGGAGGUCGCGCGACGCGGGGGCGCGCCAGUGGACGUGAACGCGCGCUCGCAUGGCGGCUACACGCCGCUGCACCUGGCGGCUCUGCACGGCCACGAGGACGCCGCCGUGACGCUGGUGGUGCGCCUGGGUGCGCAGGUGCACGUGCGUGACCACAGCGGACGGCGCGCCUACCAGUACCUGCCGCCCGGUGCCUCGUACGCGCUUCGCCGCCUCCUCGGUGACCCCUGCCUUCGAGGCUCUACCGAGGCAGACGCCACUGGUGCUGGUGGUGGCACUUUUGCGGCCUGGCGCCCAGUGCAAGUGGCCGCCACCAUCCUCAGUUCCACCACCAGCGCGUUUCUGGGUGUCCUCGCCGAUGAUCUGAUGCUCCAAGACCUGGCUCGAGGCAUGAGGAAGUCGGGCUCCUUUAGCAAGUUCUUGGGUGCCUCGCCCAUGGCUCCACGUAAGAAGACUAAGGCCCGCAGUAGCCUGCCGGCUUUUUCAGAAAUCUCUCGUCGACCUACUCCAGGACCCUUGGCUGGUCUAGUGCCUGGCCUACCCCCAACAACCUGAGGGCCCGUGAAGUUCAGCUUGGUUGAUGUAACCCGGCCUGCCCCUCACAGUCUAAGCCUGGCCAAAACAGCGGCUCAGCACCUGUGGCUCCAUCCUGUUUCCAGCUUUGUCCACUGAAACCUGUUUUACCCCCGUGGGCGAACACCUCUAGCUUCUUCCUGAAGCUUGACCUGUCUCUGAAAUGGCAGUCAAGAUCUCAGUGAGAACUGACCUGUCUCUGAAAUGGCAGUCAAGAUCUCAGUGAGAACCUUCUAUAAAGAACUCCAGACAUCAGGCUUGAACAUUGGAGGCUCAGAUUUUAGGAUCAGAGUUAAGUGCCCUGAAUUAACCCAAUACCUGUGUUAACCCAAUAACUCCACCAUCUACACGCUCCCAAGCCAGAACUAGAGCAAGGGUCUCUUUAAAUGUAGUGUGCUGCUGGAUUGUCAGCUUUAAGAUACUAGUGGUUUUGUAAUUUGAUGCUUUUAUCCUGUUUCUAAAUUAAAAUGAGGUAAAACAACUUUCAUAAUAACCUUUUGAAAUUAUAUUUUUCAAUUUUUAGGCAAAAUACUCAUUUUCAAUCUUUUGCUAAGUAUUUUGGAAUUCUACCUAAAAAAAAAAAAAAAAGAUCAGGAUCUAAAGGAAAUUAGUCCCAACAACAAAACCCUUAAACGUUUAUCUACCUCAUUUUAGACGCUCAAGAUUCUAGAGAGACUUGAACACAGAAUGUGACCAUUGUGAAUGUAAUUAAUUUCAGUUGUACUGUGAAUGCUCAAUAUUAGAAAACGAGCAUCUUGGGAGUGAGAAUGACUUAACAGUGAGAGAAAAGAGACAUUUUGGCAAAUACUUUCAAUUUCUGGUUGUCUUUAUGAUGAAAUAUAAACAGCCUCUUCGGCACUGGUGGGUGGUUAUUUUGAUUUGGCAUGAACAUUUAAUAUUUUAAAUGUGAUUUAUCUGUGAAUGCACCAUUGUGCCAUGUGUCUGAAUCUGGUUUUCCAUUCUGGCUGAGCCUUUCAAUGCAGUAGGUAGAUAUUCAAAGAAAAAUAUGUCCUAGCAUUCCACCAGAAAAAUAACUGGUUAAGUAGGGAUACUUAAACAGCAACCAUUUUAUAUGAAAAUUCUAUAGAAGCAAAAACUAUGUUAUAUCCACCUUUAAAAACCAUCUGAAAGCAAACAACUUAUUCCAAAAUAGUAAAUGUGGAAUUCUUUGCUCAGUGACCUUCUAGAGGGAUGGCUUAACUUCUCUAGACCUUUAUUCCUAUCUGUAAUUGAGAAGGUUUGUAGCUAUUUACCAGGAGGUCCCAGGUUCAACACACUGUAACUAUAAUGUCUCUUUUUCUAUUUUAAAGAUGGGGACUCUAUUUACUCAACCAGUCUUUUUAAAAUAUAUUGUGGUAAUGCUCUGCUUUUGCAAAUUAUGUUUGCAUGUCAUAAGCUAUAGCAAAUAGUUUUUGUGGCACAGGGGAGUGUGGCUUCUCCCCUCCAUUUAUAUUUAUCAGUGGGGUCUCUGACAUUAUUUAAGGCCAUCCUUAAUGGAACAUUUUGAUUUAAGCAAUGAAAUAAACAAGUUUCCCAUUUUGA